UAUUAUUUCCAAUGAAAUCAAUAUGGCGGACUAAUCAAAAGAAAAGUAGAAGUAGCUGUUGAAUUUAACGUCGUUUACCAGUAUGGCAGAAGUAAACGACCAUAUCAGUGAUGAAACAAUUGAAAGUGUUAAAUCUGUUCUAUGGGGAAAUGAUUUAAAAGACGAAGUCUUCUUGAGGUGGUCACAGGGUUUCAUAUUCAGUAACUAUGAGCCUACUGCCCUUGUCCAGUAUGAAGGGGGACCCUGUGCAGUUAUUGCCCCUGUUCAGGCCUUUGUCAUCAAGAAUGCCCUUUUCUGUGAUCAACCAACAGCAAAUCUCACGGAUGUCAAAACUGAAGAAAGCCAAAGUCUCCUUGUGUCAGCACUGUGUGAUGUGUUAAUGCUUGUCUCCACCAAUGGCUACUCUGUACUUAGUCUGGAGGCGGAGCCUAAUUCAAAUAAUGUCCAAUUGGAGAAUGGCAGCCCAUCAAGUAAUCAAGAUAAGGACAUAACUGACCAAUCACUUGAAGGGGAAAGUUUAUGUAAACGACCAAGAAUGGACCAGAUGUUAUUUCAUUCUCGUUUAAGGUGUUCAAAAUGUUAUGAUGAAGUUUCAUUGAAGAAAUGUGUUGCGGCAAAAAUCAAGGGAUUCAGUGGCACAUCGGGUGUUCUACUUUAUCUGUAUUCAGUUAUACUUACCAAAGGUAUAGAACAGAUCAAGAAUGAAGUUGAAGAUAUCAGUGAGCCCUUGAUAGACGGCCUUCAUGGUCACGGAAGUCAGAGUCUUAUCAACCUGCUUAUCACUGGGAAAGCUGUAACAAACGUAUGGGAUAAUGACAAGGAUAUCUCUGGUCUAAAAUUACAUGGGGUAUCCAGACGUUCACAUAUUGGUUUUCUGUCAUUUAUGGAACAUUUGCGUUACUGUGAGGUCGGCUGGAAUUUGAAGAAUCCCAAGUACCCAAUAUGGUUAAUAGGCAGUGAAACCCAUCUGACUGUGUUGUUCUCAAAGGACACCAACUUGAUCAUUAAUGAAACAGUUCAGUCAGCAGCCAGAAGAAUCUUCCAGAGAUUUGAUCCUGAAGGCAAUGGGUUUAUAGUAACUGAUCAGCUCGGAGAUCUGAUGCAAGCCUUGGACCUAGUCUAUAUUAAAGAAUAUGUAGAUAUAAUGGCUAGUAAACUGGAUGCAGAGGGUCUGGGUAUAAUAACCCAGAGUAGCUUCUUUGAAGAGUUCUAUGGAGGGGAAAGCACUCCUGAACUCCCCAAGUCUUUCACUCUCUACCACUACAACGGGAUUGCCCGCUCUUGUGCAAACAAGCAGGUGCAGUAUGUGGAAGGUCAAGCUGAGAUACACGAUGAGCUGGAGGUGCAGAUAGUGACCGACACGUCACCCGUCAAGUUCUGCCUCCUGACCAAGUGGCCCACCAUCGAGAUGAAGUGGAACAACGAGUGCAUCCCUUCCUUAAACUGAAUAGAACAUAAAGCACAUUUUAAUUAACCUGUUUUAUAAAAUUAUGGACAGCAUACAUGGGAAUCUGUUAUAUGAACUUUUAAAUAAUGUUUGGUUCAUUGAAACAUCGCCACACACCAGGGACACUGUUAUUUAAACUUAGUUUAUGUUAAACCGUAACCACUUAGUCACAUUUGUUGACGCAUUUGUAGUGCCAUACAAAGUUAAAUUUUAUUAAAUACCUUUUUACUAGAUUCAAGUUAAAAAGGCUUGUUUUCCAACACUUAGUUUUUGAUGAGCAGCAAACAGCGUAAAAUCUGAACAGACUGCGAGUUACUCGUUGGCUGUUCUGGUUUUAUGCUGGUUGCAAAAGCCAUUUUCACUUUGCUUCUUACGGGGUAAAAGGUUAACCUCUUGAAUAUAUGGUCCUUUGAACUGUACAUAAACCUGUUGUAUUAUGUUUAUACAGAAUAUGAAAUUUUUUAAUUCUGUACCCUAGAGUUUUUAUACCAAUGAGUUUGAAACCCAUCCUUUUGUCAAAAGUUUAACACCAUUCUGAAAUGUACGAUUAUUAUUGGUGGAAUAAGAAUGUGUUUCACCUUUGAGAUAACUAUCUUUGAAACUUUUUUUUUUUUAAAUUGCAUAAAACUACCAAUCAAAAUGCUUGUUACCUAUAAGCUUAAAAGAUACUGAGCAAUUUAUUGAGCUCAUAUGAAAGCAAAAUAAGUUGUAUGUUGUUUUAUAUGAUUGUUGCAGUUGCUUCAUUUAUGUUGCAUAUUUUUUUAUAAACAUACAAACGUUAAAGAAAAGGCCUUGGCAAACAGCGUAGACCCAGAUGAGACGCCGCAUGAUGUGGCGUCUCAUCAGGGUCUGUGCUGUUUGCUUUAAGGAAUUUCUUUAAGAAAUAUUCUAAAUAUAGAAAUUAAUAUACUAGACAUACCUAAUUUUGGAAAUAAAUUGAUCCAAUUUAGAAGGAUGGGAGAGUCCACUAGGCAUAAAUGGGGGUUAAGUAUUUUGCAUAGAAACUGUAUGUGUACCAUUAUUUCGGGGGGGGGGGGGCAUGAGUAUACAGCUGUAGAACAGUAUCUCAGUAGAGUAUAGACAUGGUUUUCAUAUUCGCCACUUCUAUGGGCAACCAUGAAUGUAGAGUAUAAUAAGAAUUUUCGGGCAUAACUAUGUGUUACACCCGGUACUUACGAUAAGCGUACGACAGAAUCUUACGAAAUCUUGCGUAAGAUCCACCUAAGAUCUGUUGAUAAAACGGCCUCCUGGUUGUGUUCUCAAUAAAAUAAAAUGUCAAUGCCAUAUUGUGGGAAUCGAGUCAGAAGACUGAACAAUAUCCAAAACUCCAAUUAGCGUCUGAUCUUUCGAAGUUUAUGGAAUAAUAUUAAAUAUGACGUAAUAUUAUAAAACAUUGUUGUUUGCUAUUGUUGUUGUAAAUAUUAGUUAACAUGUUUAAUGCAUAAAUAAUUAAUUUUA